UUGAUGCAUGUCACAAAGAGUAAUAACUCGCGGAUAUACGCGUUUAUGAAUCCGGUGUGGACAACGAAAUGGUGCAGUCCAAUGCGGAACUGGAGAGUGCGUUCUAUAAUAAAGCAAGCGUUUUACCCAUUAGCUAUCAUCCAGCGGAGGAUUAAGCCCACUUUCUUAAAAAGUCGUUGCUCUGCUUUAACUAUGAAGAUGAUCUUGGAACGAACUGUGCAGCUUGGACCUCUUUUAGCCUUAUAUUUUAUGCCUGUCAUAAACCAUUGUGCGGGUCAAACUUUCCAGCUAAGGUCAUAUUCUCAUAACAAUUCGCAUCCUAAAGUGGUCCCGAACAGCUUAAAACUGUCGCCGGCACUCAUCGUUGAUUUAGCUCUUGAGGUUCCUCAAGAUUUUGAGAAGGUCGUACUACAGAACAGGUAUAAGUUUACUAAACGGGAGUACCUUAUCAAAGCUCUUCUGCACAAAAGCUACGAAGCAAAACGGAGACGUGACCGCUUGGACUCAUUUACACCCCUUGACCAAAUUGGCGAUAUGGUACUCAACUACAUGAUCACUCGAAUUUUGAUCAUGAACUCGCAGAGCAAUUUAAAUACUAAAGCUCUUAGUAAAAUGCGAUCGGCGAUACUCCAAAGAAACGCCAUAUCGUUUAUUGCAAUAAAAAAUAAAGUUGACGACUAUAUCUUCAUCAACGAGCAGCACCUUGCAAAUACUUCUUCCACAGCGAAAUUCAAGGAACAAGUUAAAAACUUGGAGAAUUAUCAGGCCCUGGUCGCAGCCAUCAUCGACCCAAAACGCAGGCCAACUUCAGGAUCUUUCCUGCCAGAUAUUGUAAAAGCUAUCAUCGGUGCGGUAUACGUCGACAGCGGUUACGAUAUUCAAAAGACCGACGACGUCAUCAUGCCAAUGUUCAAAAAGGAAAUUGAAGUCGUUUAUAAUAAGGUAUACAAUGACCAAAACACUGAAUGAGCUACGUAUGGGACGAUAUCGAUACAACAAUACUAACUGAAAUCUGAUAGAAGAAGUCAUUGAAAAAUGUUUAAUAUUUAAUAAAAUGUUUAGAUUUAAUAAAAUAAACGAGGUUAUCUUAAUAUGCGAGUUUUAUCAUGCGAUAAUUGUAUACAUAUAUGUAUAUGAUUAAUUCAGUUUCGUGAAAUUUACAAUACAUAAGUUUUCACUUAGUUCCUUGGUAAAUUCCUUGUGGCCACAUUAUGUUUUUCGAUUUUAUUUCAACUUGCCAAAAAAUGUUUGUUAGCCCUAUACAGUGUUCUCACAUUACCACAAGCGUUUUGUAAUAUAACAGCAUAGGAAGAAGGAUUUUUCGUUUUCUGUAUUUACCAGAAGUACAAAACAUGUAAGACAUCAUAUGCUUUAAACUAAUCGAUUUUAAGGAAAAAUUAGAUUAGCUGUUAUAUUUAAGAGCGGAGUCAGUGGGAGUCAUAAUUACUGAAGGCGUUUUUCAUCUGGAACAGAAUCAUUGAUUAUUACGACGAUGAAUACGACGAAGACCGUACCCUUAAAGUGGUAGAGUGGAUUUUUGUGUUGUUUACAUGCUGGCCAGGUCUAUUUUAAAAAUAUUAAUUUUAAGAGUAAAGGUCUGGAUUUUAAUUUAAGUCCUGAAGUUAAUUAUUUGAAAUAUUUAACUAUUGGAUCCUUCAAAGUAAACUACAGCAUGGCAAAAUAUUAUACAGAAUAAAAUACAGAAACUAAUCUAACUUGUUUUGUAAUAUUUGUUAUGUUAUGUAUUGUUAAAAAAUGUUUAUCAAUAAUAUACGUGUUGACGUUUUCACAUACUAUUUAAUAAUAAAUAAUAUUUCAAACGCUGAAAAUCAUUCGAUUUCGAACCAAACGAUUCAACAAGGAUAUGGCUGAAAGACAGAAAUGGGCUAAUAC